GGAAUCCUGGCGCCACCUACAUGGUCUGUCCAUAUAUCUACACAAGGGCACUGCGUGACCUAUAACACCUGCCUGGAACUCUCCAAUGAAAGAAGCGGCAAGGAGGACUGCGAAGGCGCUUCAAUGCAUGCUUGACUUGCUAGGAAAGGGGCUGCACUUCAAUGUCAAAUCGAUCGAAGAUGCGAUGCUCAGAAUCAAGAAGUGGGGUGAUGAGACGAACGAUGACUCUGGCAUUAUCGUAGCGACUUUCGACAUCAAAAACAUGUUUGCGGAGCUGCGACAUGAAGCUGCGAUCGACGCGGUAGAAUGGAUCGUGGAAAUCAUGCACUCCAAAGGCUUUGACAGAGUGAACGUCAGUUGUCGAGGGGAGCAACCAUCGAUGGAAAGAAGAUCCCGUGAAGGCUACUUUACAGUGAAAUUUUACACCAUUCGCCAAUGGGUGGCCUACGAACUGCAACACUCCUACAGUAAGGCUGAGGGCGAGGUGAUCAAACAGCAGCAAAGGAUUCCGAUGGGCGGGAGCACGAGCCCGACACUCGCCUGCAUUCUACGUGCAAGAAGCGAGACCCUAUUCAAUCAUGACCUUUGCUCUGAUAGGAAGAGACUGAAAGGUCUCCGGCUGAUGGACGACCUGCUGGUGAUGGUCAGAUAUCGCAAGACGAACACGGGUACUGCAUCCAGCGCAAGAGAUAUCAUUGAGAGAGUUCAGCAGUGCUACCCGGAUGAACUCUCCCUCCAACGAAUGGAUGAUGGCGACAAUGUGCUCAAAUUCCUUGGCUGCCUCGUAUGUAUCGACCAAGAGGGACCAAGCAUCUUCAGGAUGCUUGACCCCAAGAACCGUGGAAGGAUCGCCAAAGGGGAGAGUCUGGAGUAUCACACAAUCCAGGAUUUCCGAUCCUACAACGACAAACAGGAGGACAUUCACAACCUUGACGCCGAGGUCAAAUGCGUCCGCAGCCGCCUACAGCAGCUGGAGCAACGACCUAUGGCCGCCCCCGUUGCAAGUGCCUCCAAUACCUCUGACCGCCUCGACGCAUCGGAGACUGACCUCAGCGCACUCAAGGACGACGCACGACUACAACAAACUGCUACUCAACAACUGGAGCAGCGGGUCUGUGCUGCCGCCGCCAGCCCGAGUUCGGGACAGCGCGAGUCAACUCCCAAAUUUGACGAUCAGGAGAUCUUCUGCGAUUCAACAAAGACGGAUCCAGUUCAGUGGUUCCGCAAGUUUGAACUCACUUUGCAGCUACACCUCGUCAGCGAAUGCAAGCACCACGCAUACUUAUACUCCCGGUCGGGAGGCGAAUGCCAGGCAUGGCUGGACAAUCUCUUGUCCCAGUACGGGGUGGUCGCUGCCGAGUUACACACGAAGAUCAGUUGGGAAGACCUCAAGGCGGCGUGGCACAAGCGGUUCCAAGUGGAGCCGYCAGAGAUCAAGGCCAUGGACAAGCUCAUGACCUUCRAGCAAGGCUCGCUGCCAAGCGUCGACUGGAUUGCCGAGUACCAACGCUUGACAUCCGUCCCAGGUCUCCCGAUGGGCUUCAAAGCCAUCAAGCACUACUUCAUUUCGAGGUUGUGCCUGACGUUGAGCAACGCCUUGACGCAUGUCGAGGACACACUGACAACGACGACGCAACUGUUCGAUGAGGCCGCGCAGAUUAUCAUCACGAACAAGGAGGCGAAGAACCUCACUCGUGUUGCGGCAGGCCCGAGCAAGGACCAACAUCGGCCCAAGGUGGCCGUGGUAGCGGCGGCAUCGCCAAGCAGCCAAUCUAGCGAGGCAGAGUCUGCCAAUGAAGGAGACAGACUCGCAGCUGCCCGGGAUGGUGGUCGCCCCGGCCGAGGCUGAGGACGCGGCAAAUCGAAGACAAACACCACAUC